UUCAUGUGUUACGUGUGCAUUUUUGUUGCUUACUUGUGUCUAUAUAUAUAUAUAUAUAUUUGGAUUGGCAACUUGUGUGUGUCUAAUAUUGAUAUUUGUUUGUUUGUAGAAAUAUGGAAAUAGUAAUACAUGAAUCAACACCUGAACUUGACAAACAAGACAAUGAAGAUCCAAAUUCGGAGGAUGUAGGGGAACCUAAGGUUGGAAUGUCCUUUGAUACAGAAGCUGAAACCCGUACCUAUUAUGCUAGUUAUGCUAGAAAGAAAGGUUUUGUUGUGAUCACAAGAAGCUCUGGAAAGCGUGAUGAUGGGCAAAGGGGGCAUGUAACUUUCUGUUGUCAUAGGGGUGGAAAGGCAAGGACAAAGGCACUCAACCUAGUUAAAGCCCAUCCAACAGCAAAAGCAGAAUGUAAAGCAGCAAGGAAUGUCCCUUUGCAUAACAACGGGAAAUGGAUAUUGAAUACAAUUGUUCUCGAGCAUAAUCAUGAAAUCUGCCCAGAGAAAGCUCGGUAUCUUAAGGCCAACCGGGUUAUUGCAAAUCAUACGAAAAGGACAUUGGAAUUGAAUUGCUUAGCCGGAAUAACAUUAACCAAAACUAUUAGCUCAUGUGUGAUUGAGGCUAAGGGGCAUGAGAAUUUGACAUGGACAAAAAAAGAUACAAGGAAUUACAUGGAUCAAGUGCGACGCUCACAACUCAAGGAAGGGGAUGCCGAGGCUAUGCACAAGUACUUCAUGAGAAUGUACGAAGGCAACAACAACUUUUUCUAUGCUAUGGAUCUAGUUAAGGAAAACCGCUUAUGUAACAUUUUUUGGGCAGAUGCGAGGAGUAGGGAGGCAUGCAAAGAAUUUGGUGAGGUGGUCACAUUUGACACCACAUGCUUGGUUAAUAGACACGAUAUGCCUUUUGCUCCGUUUGUAGGAGUAAAUCACCACGGACAAUCAAUCUUGUUGGGAUGUGGGUUGAUACUACGAGAGGACACUCCGUCAUUUGUGUGGUUUGUUUGAGACAUGGGUUUCUUGCAUGUCCGGGCGUUCACCUAAUGCCAUCAUCACCGACCAAUUUAAGGCCAUGCAAAAUGCAAUAUGUAUUGUGCUUCCAAAUGCACGGCAUCAUUGGUGUUUAUGGUAUAUCUUAAAAAAGGCACCUGAAAAGUUAAAUGGGUAUGAUGAUUAUGAAUCGAUUACAUCCAUGCUCCAUAAUGUUGUAUACGAUUCAUUGACAAUUGUGGAAUUCGAAGAAAAUUUGGCGCACCUGAUUAAUACUUAUCAAUUAGGAAACAAUAAUUGGCUAAGUGGCUUGUAUGAGGAGAGGCACCGUUGGGUGCCGGCAUUUGUUAAAGAUACUUUUUGGGCGGGAAUGUCAACAACCCAAUGGAUCGAAAGCAUGAAUGCAUUUUUUGAUGGUUACGUCCACUCUAAAAUCACAUUGAAAGAAUUUGUUGGGUAAUAUGAAAAUGCCUUACAUAACAAGGUGCAAAAGGAAGAAAAGGAAGAUGCUCAUUCUUUCAAUGUAUAAGCGAAGAACGUGUCCCCUUAUGGAUUUGAGGAUCAAUUUCUAGAAGCAUACUCAAUUGCCAAAUGCAAAGAUUUUCGAACUGAAUUAGCUGGUAAGAUUGCUUGCACCUUGAUUUCUGCUAAGACAAUGGAUGGUAUUUCAAAAUUUUUGAUAGAAGAAGACAUCAAAGUUGGUGCCAAUGGAUAUUUAAAAACUGUUACCUUUCAUGUUUGGUUUAAUGAGGAGUCAAGAGAAACUAACUGUAAUUGCCGGUUGUUCGAGUCAAAGGGAAUUGUGUGUAAGCAUAUCAUCAUGGUUUGGACAAAAGAGAAGCUUAGUAGAGUGCCAGAGAAGUACAUUCUACGAAGAUGGAGGAAAGAUGUGAAGAGGAGUCACAAAAAAGUCAAAAUUAGUUAUGUAAAUUGGGAAACGAAGCUCGAAUGGCGUCGCUAUGAUAUUAUGAUCGCUGCUUAAUUUCCAUGAUGUUGCUGAUAAUGCCAUGGAUUCUGAGGCCAAGAGUGAGAGGGUGGUGGCUAAAUUGCAAGAAGCAAAAGCUAAGAAUGAAGUGUGUGAUGAUGAUUGGCAAAUGACAUCCAUGUCCAUUGAUGUCCAAGAUAGUACUGUGAGUCCCAAAGAAAAACAAAAACCUGUAGGUGAUCCAAAUAAAUGUCGUCGAAGAGGCCAACCGCCAAUAAAUAGAAAACAAUCAACGAUUGAGAAGAUCAUUAAGAAGGUUCGGAAAUCAAGCAAAAAAACUCAACCAUGUCAAGGCAAUACGAAUAGCAAACAUACUUCCGUAAAGGAUGGGGAUGUUGAUGUUAUCGCGCAAGAGAGUGAAUUUUAGAAUGUCUCAAAUGAGUAGACUGAGUGGUGAUAUGUGGAGUUAUGACCUGAAUGAGACUCCAAUUGAUUUGGAAAACUAGGGGAUCCGACGAAGAGGUUCUGGCACAAUAGAUGUUAGAGUUGGUUGGAUCUUCUUAUUAUAUGGCUUUUGGAUAUCUUUUUGGUAUAGUUAACACCGUGCUUUUUGGGUACAUAAUAGGUGGCAUAGAGAUAUUUGUCCACUGUGUUUUUUGUGGAAGUGGGCAAUUUUCACUAGUAAAAAUUGUGUAGUAGGUUUACUAGUUUUUGGAUCAAGCCCCAGCUCAUGUUUUUUGGUUCAAUAAAAUAU